CUCUUGCAGUCUGGUUGCUGCAAGCCAUCAAACGACUGCAAAUUUGCCUAUGUGAGCCCGACCAACUGGACCAGGACUGCAAGUUCAUCCUCAACCAAUCCAGACUGUGGCCUGUGGAACAACGAUCCAAAUGUCUUGUGUUACGGCUGCCAAUCCUGCAAAGCCGGGCUGUUAGACAAUAUCAAGAGUGACUGGAAGAGGGUAGCUGUACUCAACAUCAUAUUCCUCGUCUUCCUCAUCGUCGUCUACUCUGUUGGAUGUUGUGCCUUCAGAAACACUAGGCGUGACGAUUCUUAUAAGCGUUACCCUUGA